UCAAAAAUAUUCACGUCACGAACGUUGAGUUGUCACUACGGCUCACGGUUGCUCGUUACGUCAAAUCAUGAUUUGAGUUCCUAAUAUUUUAUCUUCUACAGUAUUUUAUAUUUAAUUUGUAUAAUAUUCAGUUUAAUAUAAUUAACCUUUAGUAUUACUAAAAUUAAGGUGAUCAGCUCACAUUUUCAAUCGGAGAUAUAAAAAUUUUGGCAUUCAAAGUUCUUGAAAGUGAUAGUUGGUUAGAGCUGAUUUGUACUCUGAGAAGAUCUUCGUUAGUGUGUAGUUUAGUUGCUUUAACAUCAUGGACCAGAGUGGCAUAACCCCGAACACUUCGAAUCAGCAGCUUGUUAUAAACAGUGAUAAUGAGUCGGCGACCGCGCUGCUGCAAGAGAAGCAGAGUAGGAGACGAGAGAAUCUAAAUGAAGUAUCCCUUACCGAAUACAUGACUGUCGGAAUAUUGUGCUUCGUCAACCUUAUCAACUAUAUGGACAGAUUCACCAUUGCUGGUGUUCUGGUUGACGUCAAAAAAGAGUUCGAAAUCGGAGAUGACAAAGCUGGGUUUCUACAGACAGUAUUCGUGGUGGCGUACAUGAUCUUCGCACCAAUUUUCGGGUACCUUGGAGACAGGUACUCGAGACGCGUCAUCAUGUCAUUUGGAGUGGGACUAUGGAGUAUGACCACCUUGUUAGGAUCAUUCGCACACGACUUUGCACUUUUCACAUUUUUCCGUGGUUUGGUGGGCAUCGGGGAGGCCUCAUACUCUACGAUUGCACCGACCAUCAUCAGUGACCUGUUCGUCGGCAAUAUUCGGUCAAAGAUGCUGGCUUUCUUCUACUUCGCUAUACCCGUUGGAAGUGGUCUCGGCUACAUAGUGGGAUCAUUAGCGGGGGCUGCGGCCGGCAACUGGCGCUGGGGUCUCCGUAUUACACCGAUUCUUGGCGCUGCCGCCUUAGUACUUAUUUACUUCUUCAUGCAAGACCCGCCUCGAGGACAUGCUGAGGACAGCCAAAUGAAACCCACCUCUUACGGCCAGGAUGUUCGAGCUCUUAUUAGAAACCCAUCUUUCAUGCUGUCGACGCUCGCGUUCACAUGCGUAGCGUUCGUGACAGGCGCGCUCGCGUGGUGGGGACCUCAGUUCAUAUUCCUAGGACUUAGCAUGCAACCCGACGUAGACGUUAGCAUCGGCAGCGUGUCGUACAAGUUCGGGCUGGUGUGCAUGGUGGCGGGGUCGCUGGGCGUGCCGCUGGGCUCGUGGCUGGCGCAGCGGCUCCGCGCGCACAUGCCCGACUGCGACCCGCUCAUCUGCGGGUUCGGCCUGCUCGCCUCCGCGCCCGUCAUCUUCUUCGCGCUCAUCACCGUGGGCUACCACGUCGGUCUCAGCUACUUGCUCAUAUUCGUCGGGAUGACCACUCUCAACCUAACCUGGGCUAUCGUCGCCGAUAUUAUUCUGUAUGUGGUGAUACCGCCAAGACGGUCAACAGCGGAAGCUUUCCAAAUCCUGAUUUCACACAUGUUUGGCGAUGCUGGAAGUCCUUAUUUAGUUGGUGUGAUAUCGGAGAGUUUAAAAAUAUCGUUGUCACCUGUACAUGAUGAGGCGCCGACACCGUUGGUGGAGUUCAAGGCGCUGCAGUAUGCGCUCUUCGUGACGUGUUUUGUUGAAGUCAUAGGAGGCAUAUUCUUCUUAUUAACUGCUAUAUACAUCGUUAGAGACAAAUUAAGAGUCGAGAGAGCUAUUGCCGAAGCGGAAGCGCAGUCUGCCGAGCCUUCGCAUAUAGCAGCUCAAGAAGGCGUAGGUGGCGGUGAAUAAGACAAAAGAACGCGUACGUUGGAUAAAAAUACCUCCGUGACUAGAAAGUGAGAGCAGAGUGAAAGACACUUUGGGACACAGUAAUAUGUCCCAGUGAAAUAACUAUACUUAAUCCCUCUUUGUAAUUCAACGCCUUUACAUGUUUGAACGUCUGACGUCAUCAGCUACUUAAUGCCAUUGUUCAAACGCUAAUCGUUCAUCACCAAUAUAAUCUAUCGACGAUCACUUCGCGAGUCACUUCUGGACGAGAUACUUAACGGGGAGAAUUAUAGUAAUUUUAUUGCAUAUUAUUUUAUAAGACUGAGUCGUAAGGCAUAUUGCUUAAAGUGGGUUGGUUAUGUCAUAAUGGGAAAACGACUGUGUGAUUGUAAGUAGUUAGAAACUAGGCAUCACAGUAGCAGCUGUUACAUAUUUUAAUAAAAAGCCUGUUAAAACUAAUAUAAAUUAUUGCAAGCUGUUUUCGUUCUUAAAUUUAUGUAAAUUAUAUGAAUAGAAUUGAUCAAUUUAAGUACAUAUUUAAUAUAAAUUCAUUCAUUUGUAAUGCAUAUUCUGUGUCGAUUUGUAAUUACCUCAAUUGUUAUGUUAGCACAUAUUUAUUUAUAUUAAAAUAGCACAUUACUUAGUGAUUUAUCGAAACGAAAUAAUGUCCGUAUCGAGCAGUGUUCUAGUGUGAACAUAUUCAUGCAGUUUAACAUUAUUUGUCAUUUAGAGUUCCUAAUGGAUGUUGUACAAUGCAACAUUAGACGUUGUAUCGUGACUAACUGGACUUUUUGUUAAUAUCUGUUUUAUGGAUACGACAGAUUGUUCUAAUAUCGUUAGUAUAUUUUUAUAGUUUGUUCGGAAGUACGCGUCUGUAUACAGUUUGGGUGUCUUGCGGAGUAUCUUUGAUGAGGGCACUAAGUUACGAUAACAUAUAAUUAAAUUAAGUAAUGCACGACCUAGUAAUUGGGUAUUUAAGGUCACACUCGUGUUUGCUUCAUCAAAGAUGCUCACACGACGAAGAGCUUUCACUAAGACUGAUACAGGCGAGAUAGUGUUUAUGUUUUGUAUUAGGAAUUGAACGAAUCAUGUGUGUAAUUUGUAUUAAGUUAUUAAUUAUAUUUACUUAUUGUUCCAAGCAUUUCUUUGUAGAAAGACAAAGUUAAACUGUAUUGAAUAUCAUAGAAGACUGAAUAAAUUUAAUUUUUGUCUAAAUUUUUUCAAAUAUAAAUAAAUAAUAAUUGCAUUAAUUGUGUUUGUACAUACUAGUGUACAUAGCAUCUCAUGGAAUUGAAAUAAAAAGAAUAUAAUUUAUUUUUGAUAA